AUGGCGACAGUCAAGCGCCAUAGGCUGCUGCAGCAAGAAGGCUUCCCACGGCAGAAAACAAUUCGCAUUGAAGCCAACCGCACCGGUUUUGUCUGCAGGAGGCUGGAGGCCCGGGCGGGCACAGUGACUCAAGACACACUAUGUGGAGACUGCCAGCCUGGGUGGUUUGCCCCUUCAGAGGUCCCCCGUGUUCCCUGUCAGCUGUGCUCUUGGACACCUCUGGGUCCUCGUGGUUGUUAUGAGCGGAGAAGGCGGACCCGACGUGGUGUGGCAGUGGCAGCAGGGGCCAGAGGCACCGGGGAGACUCGGCUGCCUGGGAACAGCACGCGGGCAGGCGGCCCUGAGGAGACAGCGGCCCCGCACGCAGUUAUCGCCAUCGUGCCCAUCUUCUGCCUCAUGGGGCUGCUGGGCAUCCUGGUGUGUAACCUGCUCAAGCGGAAGGGCUACCACUGCACUGCCAACAAGGAAGUCGGGCCCGGCCCUGGAGGUGGAGGCAGCGGGAACAACCCUGCCUAUGGGGCUGAAGACGCCAACGAGGACACCAUCGGGGUCCUGUUGCGCCUGAUCAUGGAGAAGAAGGAGAAUGCAGCGGCCCUGGAGGAGCUGCUGAAGGAGUAUCACAACAAACAGCUGGUAUAAACCAGCCACCGGCCUGUGCCCAGGCUGCCGCCCAGACCCAGCAUGCCGUACAUCUGCCCACACUACCACCACCUCCACACUGUGCAGGGCCUGGCCUCGCUCUCUGGCCUCUGCUGCUCCCGUUGUAACCAGAAGUGGCCCGAGGUGCUGCUGUCCCCUGAAGCUGCGGCCGCUACCACUCCCACUCCCAGAUUUCUGCCCAACCCAGCCAGGGCGCCCAAGACCGGGGCCAAGGCCGGACGCCAGGGCGAGAUCACUAUCUUGUCUGUGGGCAGGUUCCGGGUGGCCCGAAUUCCUGAGCAGCGGACAAAUUCAUGGGCCUCUGAGGUGAAGACCAUCACGGAGGUUGGUCCCUCAGUGGGUGAUUUCACUGACUCCCCACAAGCUGGCCACCCCACUGAGCAGCGGGCACUACUGGGAAGUAGUGGAAGCCAUACUAAGUGGCCAAAGCCCCCAGCAGAGAAGAAGGCCGAGGAAAACCGCUAUGUGGUCUGGCUAAAUGAGAGCAACCUGGUCAUCUGA